UCUGUUAUAGGAAAAAUGUGCGAGCUUUAUAAGUCAGUUUAUUUUGAUUACAAAUAGUACUCGUAAGUUUAUGGGGUAUAUACGCUUAGGAAACACUAAACACUACUCCGUGUACAAGCACCAGAAGACAUGGCCAAUAAGGGACACUUUAUAGACAGGAACACGACUAUUCCCACUGCAGGCUUGUCCACGAUUGGAUUAAACGGCGAGGGGGAUGUCAGGACUUGCUUAAGUAUCAGCAAUCCAGAAGAAUUAGCCGAGAGUCUCAUGAAAGCGAAAUGCGGUCAGAACAUGGCAAAAUUAUCUAGUGUUCCGGCGGGAUCUGUAAUCCCCAGCAGCAGCAUCCGCGAUUUGCUGACCAGCGAGCUGCAGAAGUCCCGCUUCGUGUCCUUCAAGGAGAAGUUCUACGAGGAAAUGUACUUCAAGAAGCCCAACGUGGGUAAGGUCAGGCAGACUCUCUCCAAGCCGGACAGCGUGACCAACCUGAGCCAAACCUUCGGGAGUCCAUCGAGUCUAGCUCCUUCGGAAUCCCUUUAUACGGUCGUAUUGCCGACCAAGUCGGUGGAGCAGGUGAACAGGGAGUAAGAGGCGUUCCACGAUAAGUACAUCAUCAGCCACAAUCACUACUUCCCUUCGGAACAGGUGAAUCGCAAAUAUACCCAACCUUUUGAUCCCAAAACACCGUUUGGGGAUUCCCAUAGUGUUGGUGACUUCGGACUAAGAGUAAAGCGGUGUCUUGAGGAAGGUGGAAAUCAUCUGAAGGUUAUUGGGAAGGCACAGGUAGACUUUAUGAAUCGAACCGAAGCUCCUUUGGGAUCGAAAUUCAAGAAGUAUCCUUGUGCGGUCCCCGACAUAACUUUCGGAACUCCUCAGCGCAGCAACGGCGAUGUGAAGAUGAUUCUUAAUAGCACCGUGCCCUGCGAGAAAAACAACCGACUAUUCGAAGCCAUCGCCUACUUGAACAAGAAGAGACACAAUUUGAGAAAGCCUCUUGACUAUCAUAUGCAUGAACUGAGAACCUUGCUGGAAAGGAGCGAUAAGGAUAACUCGGGUUAUUUGUCACUGGCGCGGAUCAUGGAGAUUUUAGCAAAAUUCCACAUCCGCCUGGAUUUUCAAAAAAUCCGUGUUGCGCUUUCCCACUUUCACGAGAUAGUGGACGAGGGUUGUGCCACGGAGCGAGUAAAUUUCGUGGAUUUCUUUCGACUUCUUUCCAUCCAUGAGCCACUGCCCAAAACAGGAAACAUGAGCAAUGUUUCCCAUUCCAGUUCCAUGGAAACCACAUAUCGUUUACUCUGCGAUGAUCGUAACAAGGAGCUCAGGAAUUAUCCGACUAUCAUUAAGCAGAAGCUCGGGGAGGAUAAAACGUGUGUAAGGGAUCUUGUAACACCGGAUAUAUCCAUUUUACGGGGCCUUAAGCCAAGUGACUUCUCUCGUUUGCGGCCCAAGAAAGAAAUCGAACGUAUCUUCAGAAGACUCGUUCCUGUGGAAAAAUUCGAGGCUAUCUGGCAGAAUCUUAUGAUUGAGUUCAAGGAUCAGAAUGAAAUGGCUUCCGUCAUUCAGUUUCGUACCGAGAUGCACAAUACAAUGGGAAGUGCAGAGUAAUGUCCGCAAAAAUAUUUGCAUACCAACUAUAUUAAAAUGUUAAGAAAAAACAAAA